AUGACAUUGGCCAAAUGGAAAACGAAUUCCAACGCGGUCACAAGCCAUCUUCUCAACACGGGGGUUGACUCCGCCACAUUCGACCGGGGCAACAGCGAUGUACUGAAGGUACUGGGUCUUCUGUGGGAGCCGUCUACAGAUGUUUUCCGCCUCGCUACUUCAAACCUUCGCAAGAACUUCGACCUGAGGACAUCAUUGAGUAAACGAGCUGUCCUCAGUACUGUCGCCUCUCUAUACGACCCGUUGGGGUGGCUGAUGCCAUUCACCAUACGCGGCAAGAUCAUUGUUCAGAGGAUGUGGACCGCAAAUACCGAAUGGAGUCAGACAGUAUCCGAUGAAAUUCGGGGAGACCUCGUCCAGUGGGUGUCCGAGGCGGAGACCUUUGAGCGUUUCGAUUUCCGACGGCGAUACGAUGGAAGUCGCGAGAGUCCAAUCUCCUACCGUCUCCAUCUGUUUGGAGACGCCUCACAACUGGCGUAUGCUUGUGCCGCCUACAUCGAGUGCCGUUUCGCCGAUGGAACAUCGACCUUCUCGCUGGCUAUGUCAAAAUCAAGGCUGGCACCUCGCGAUCAGGUGUCUCUACCUAGACUCGAGCUCCUCGCUGCACUGAUUGCAGUCCGGUUGAAAACAUUCCUAGUGCAGAGAAUGGAGGUUCAGUUCGAGGCCUUUCGCUUCUACACUGACUCUACCAUCGCCUUCCACUGGGCAACUUCUGCGAAGCCUGGCGGUUGGAAAACCUACGUUAGCAAUCGCGUAGCGGAGAUCCAGGCAAGCUCGAAGAGGGAAGACUGGUUCCAUGUCCAGGGAAGCCGAAACGUAUCUGAUCUCGCUACUCGGGGAAUCAGCGCUCAGGUUUUGACCGAGUCCGCGGAGUGGUGGUACGGCCCGACUUGGCUCCGACUCCCGUUCAGCGAGCAACCGCUGUCCCAACCAUCAGCUGUCGAUUCUACUUUCAACGAGGUUCGGAAGGAGAUUCGCUCGGUCGCUGCACCUCUUGUGGGUACUUAUCCUGUGCCUUUGCUCGAUCUCGAACGACAUAGUACCGCUGGUCGCGCGAUACGAGUGCUCACAAAUGUGCUCCGGUUCAGCCUGUUGGCUCGCAAGCUUCCGCCUCAGGAUUCAAUUACUCUUCACCGCUCAGCUGAGUGUCAUAUCAUUCGCUGGACUCAGUCUCAGUAUCUCCGGCCGGAGCUCGACGCGAUCCGAGUCGGAGAACGUGUUCCGAGAGAUUCGAAACUUAGCGCAUUUGAUCUGCUCGUCGAUGAAAACAACUUGCUUCGCAUAAGGACACGAUUGGUUGAAGGACUACACUACACAUUUGAAGAGAAAAAUCCUGUUGUGAUCCCUGGUAAUUCUCGUCUCGCAGUGCUCCUCAUCAUCGAUGCUCACCGAGUUAAUGCGCACUUCGGGGUUUCGACUGUGCUGAAUCAGCUUCGAAGGAGGUUCUGGAUUACUAGAGGCCGGCAGGUGAUCAAGUCAAUCCUUCGACGAUGCGUUGUAUGCCGUAAACGUCACGCGGCGCCUGCAACCCAGAUUGAGGCCCCCCUGCCGCAGUCCAGAACCGAAUUCCGAGCUCCUUUCGGUUCGACUGGAAUCGAUUUUUGCGGACCGUUCCACGUGCGUCACCGGCAAGGCACACAGAAGGCGUACGUCGCCGUCUUCACUUGCAUGGCGAUCCGCGCCAUUCAUCUCGAACUCGUCCCAUGUCAGUCGACCCCGCAGACACAUCUUGCCAUACGGCGCUUCUUGGCAGCGUACCCGGCUUGCACUUGCUUCGUAUCCGACAACGGAGCUUCGUUCGUGAAGGCGGCGACGGAGUUGAAGCGAUUGUUCAGCUCACUUCGAAAUCCCGCUGCCCAGCAAGAGCUAAAUGGUCGAACGAUCGAUUGGAAGUUCAUUUGCCCUCGGUCCCCCUGGCAUGGUGGAUUCUACGAACGCGUCGUCGGCAUUUUCAAGUCCGCCCUGAUCAAGACACUGGGACGAAGCCUCGUCGGCUACGAAGAAUUACGAACCAUCUUGUGUGAAGUCGCGGGAGUUAUCAACGAACGGCCAUUGACGUUCGUUUCUGCAGACCCGGAUGAGCUGACCGCUAUAACACCAGCACAAUUCCUCCGAGGAGACCCGAUUACCCCUCUUACGCUAGAGUUCUGCCCGUUGAUCGACUGCGAGGCAAUGUGGUAG